AUGAUCUCCUUUGCCGGUCACUUCCUCCUAGAGGUCUGCAUGAAGUAUCGAGACCAACUCAGUGUCAAUGUCGACGAGAAUCUCCGCAGAGUGAGCGCUGCCCUGGCGAUCUUCGCUCGGCUACCGGUUUUGCCGCAACAUUCGGUCUCGCGAGUCACUUCAAGUCUGAUGAGGAGGUUGAAUGAAUGCACGGCAAGUCUGGGCAUCGAAGGUCUUCUGACCGAGAGUCCGUUCGCAAACCUGAACGCCUUCACCAGCACAAGUGGCCAUGGCAAUCUGGAAGGCGGCAACACCACGACCUCCGUGUUUGAAUUGGAAAUGGAUAAUGGCUCGUUGCCCAACGAUUUUCUACAUGCCGACUUCAGCGAUAUGGCCUUUCCGAAUCACAACUUCGAUUUCAGUACGUGA